AUGAGGGCCUUUGCGCGAGGAGCGACUCGACUCCGAAGCACUUCGCUGAGUGCAGUCCCACCGCCGCGAUUCUCUUCCGAAUACAUCAACGACUACGCCGACACUGCCGCCUCAAUCCUCUAUCGCUCGCCCUUGACUUCCGAAUCCGGCCUACCCGUCUACAUCCUCAAUGCCGCCGCCUUCCCCGAUGCCUUCCAAGUCGACUACGAUGCCCUUCUACCCUACGUACUCGCCAGACUCCCAGGAGAGGAAGAGCUGAUUGCAGGCGAAGAAUAUGAGAUUGUCUUCUUCGCCGGUGGUCAAGCCGAGAGCGCCACGUCCGACAAGAAGACUGGCCCCGGCAUGGGAUGGUACCUGCAGGCAUACCACGUCCUGAGCAGGGCAGUCCGCAAGAGACUGCAGAAACUCUAUGUCGUCCACGAACGUAGCUGGGUGCGCGUCCUCAUCGAGGUCUUUGGCACCAUGGUCUCGCCAAAGUUCCGCAAGAAGAUUGUCCACGUCUCCACCCUCACCUCUCUGGCUCUGCACAUUCCCAUCGAGAAGCUGCUCAUCCCGCCGAGCGUCUACCUUCACGAUCGCCGCCUCUCGCCCGACGUCCAUUCGCCAUACGUCAGUGGUCGCAGAGCUUUUGGCGCCAACGAUCCCAUGCCCCGCAACCUAUACGGCCAGAGACGUCUGCCUCGUGUGCUGAGAGAAACAACCACUUUCUUGUGCCAAAGUGAAAACAUAAAGACAGAAGGCAUCUUCCGCAUACCUCCUCAAUCCAUCUUUGUUGGCAUUUUGAGGGAGGCCUAUGACCGCGGUCAACAGUUCAUCGUCUGGAAAGAGGGUGGAAUCACUUACUCCCAGCCUGAUCUGGACCACCACACUCUCAGACACAUCCAGCAGACUGAUGCUUAUGGUGUCCACCUGGCCGCUGGCCUGAUCAAGCUUUGGUAUCGGGAACUGAAAACACCCAUAUUCCACGAGACCUGCUAUGAUGAGCUGAGAUACAAGUUUGGAGACUCUCAGACCGACAUUGAGUUGGAUGAUCUGGUCGAGAUGCUAUCUCCAACAUCGAGCGCCUCAUGUCUAUCACAAUCAGCAAGACUAAUCCUAAUACUUCAUCUCUUCCCCCUGCUCUCUCUUGUUACAAGUCACCAGAAAAUCAACAAGAUGACGCCUGACAACCUAGCAAUCUGCUUCUCCCCGGCUCUUGUAUGCGGCUCGGAUCAAUUGGCUGAUGCGAAGAUGACUUCCAUUGUUCGCCGUAUACUAGAAGCUGCAGUCGAACACUGGCCACAUGGCUUGAGAGACGCUUGUCAGACUGCUCCAGACUCCUUUGCUGCUGCACUACGACCACCACCGGCUGCUCAAGACUACGAGGACCCGCUGCAGGAGAACUACAGAGAUACAUCUUCACAUGAUUCUGGAGAGCGAUUCCACAGAAUCCAUCUGCAGGACGAUGAAUCUGCUAGUCCACCUCUUCCACCUCGACCAAUGGUGAAAAUGAGGCAGCCUGAGGAGUCCAAUUCGGCGUUUCCUGCGAGAACUGAUAGUCUGGCUUCUCCCGUCAAACGCAAACCCGCACCAAUAGGCGUCGCGCCACCACCUCAUGCAACUUUCCCCAGCCGCUCCGUCUCACAGUCAUACUCUAGCCAGUCGAGUACCUUGAAUGACUUCACGGACGUCAGAAAU